CCCAACAGUGCACUGCCGUGCGUAACACCGCGCACAAAGAAGGCGUGAUGCGCCGAGCCCUGGUUAAGUUAGAGUGUGUUAGACUGUAGGGACUCUCUCCUCAACCCUCACUGCUCUCCGGAUACCUUGGACUGACACAUUCACGGAGGCAGCCAGGUCACACGACCGGACCGGCAAGGUUGCAACAUGCGCUCGCCACUGCGUGCUGCGUUUCAGCCCCUUAGCGCACCUGGCACGUCGCUCGGCUCAGUUUUUAAGCGCUCAAUUCUCUCUUUCCGUCUGUUUUGCACUCCACAUCAGGCUGGCAGCCGAGCGGGUUAUUUGGGACAAUACGGUGACUGGCUGAUAACAGAGCCCGUCUCCGUGCAAGUGGCAAUGGACUGCAGUUUUACUUGAAGAGUCAAAUGGAGAACCCAGCCAAGUAUCUCUCAUCGGUGCAGGGGAUCGACUCUGUGCCUGCACCCAUCGGAGAGAUUAUGUGGAACAGCACCGAAACAGAGGCAACAAGCGACGGGAGGAAGGAUAUGGUGUUGCGCACGGUGACGGGCUGUUUGCUGUCCCUGCUCAUCCUAUGGACCCUGCUGGGGAACAUCCUAGUCUGCUCUGCGGUGCUGCGCUUUCGGCACUUGCGGACCAAAGUCACCAACAUUUUCAUCGUCUCUCUGGCUCUAUCGGAUUUAUUUGUGGCCGUCCUGGUGAUGCCCUGGAAAGCUGUGGCAGAGGUGGCUGGGUAUUGGCCGUUUGGCACUUUCUGUAAUGUCUGGGUCGCUUUUGAUAUCAUGUGUUCCACUGCCUCCAUCCUCAACCUCUGCAUAAUCAGCGUGGAUAGAUACUGGGCUAUCUCGAGCCCCUUCCGCUACGAGAGGAAAAUGACCCAGCGAGUUGCCUUUGUUAUGAUUAGCAUCACUUGGACGUUGUCUGUGCUCAUUUCAUUCAUACCGGUCCAGCUGAAUUGGCACAAAGCCAGCGGUGACGACAUGGCUGGGGCGCACAACUCCUCCACUAGUCGGCGGAUAGAGGAAAACUGCGACUCCAGUCUGAGCAGAGAGUAUGCUAUAUCCUCCUCAUUGAUAAGUUUCUAUAUUCCCGUGGCAAUUAUGAUUGUAACAUAUACCAGAAUAUACCGGAUUGCACAAAUACAAAUUAGAAGAAUAGCCUCGCUGGAGAGAGCGGCAGAACACGCGCAAAGUUGUAGGACCAACAGAAUAGAGUGCCAACACCACAACACCUUGAAAACGUCAAUUAAACGGGAAACCAAAGUGUUCAAAACUCUGUCGGUGAUUAUGGGCGUCUUUGUGUGUUGCUGGUUACCCUUCUUUGUUCUAAACUGCAUGGUGCCGUUCUGCGACAGGCCGGCCACAGACCGGGACGCAGGUCUGCCGUGCGUAAGCGAGACGACUUUCGACGUGUUUGUGUGGUUCGGCUGGACCAAUUCCUCACUAAAUCCCAUCAUUUACGCCUUCAACGCCGAGUUUAGGAAGGCCUUCGCCAGCCUCUUAGGUUGUCGUUAUUUCUGCUCCAACACACCCGUGGAAACUGUUAACAUCAGCAACGAGUUGGUCUCAUACAACCAAGAUACCCUCAUCCACAAGGAAAUAGCGAACGCUUAUGUCAACAUGAUCCCCAACGUGGUUGAAUGUAUUGAGCAUGAGGAGACUUUCGACAGGAUUUCACAGUUCUCUCAUAACAAUGAAAACGCCACCGACUCGGUUUGUGACUUGGAGGACUGCGAGGCAGACAUCAGUCUUGACAGGAUGUCACCAUUCACUCCCAAUGGAUUACACUGACUCCACACUUUGUGUCUCCCUGUGCGUAAUUGGAUGUAUUGAUGGUAUUGUCACCAUUUAUUCAGCUCCUGUGUACCGGAGGCUCCUCUCCACAGGGAGCCUACAGGUCAGACUUCUCAGUGCCACUGAGCAGCAGCCCUGUCAGCUGGUGUGGGAGUCGAGUGACUCUCUCAUGGACACUUCAGCAGGGCGCAUGUCUCUGUAGCCCCAAGGCCCCCCUGCCACUGCUUUGCGUCAUUUAUGAGAUGUGAUGUUGUUGUCCUGUUCUAAAAAAAGUGACGUGUAGGUGUUUAUUUACAUGACAAGUGAAGUCUGUGUACGUUUGUUCAAAGGUUCAGUGUUGGUGAAGCUGUCGUUUGCGCAAAGGCUUUACUUGGAGCAUCAGUGUCUAAUGUCCAUCCACUUGGAGGGGAAAUGUUUGUAAAAAGUCGCUGAGGAUUCACAUAGUAAACUUUUUGCUGCUUAAUAACCUCGUGUAUCCAGUGGCCGCCUUUCCACUGAGUAUGAAACCUGAGGGCAGCCUUACAGACAGUGCAACUAAGAUAGUCAGAUGCAGUCAUUUCAGCGCCUUAUAGCUUACUCAAAGAAGAGUUUUGAGACAUGAAAGGAAUGUGUUGUAUGGAGUUUAAGUUACAUGAUGCCAAAAUGCAGUAUUAAAGUGAUUCGCCACUGCACCCCACUACUGGCUCUUCAACCACACCUGUUCUGCUUCACAUUGAUCAUUAUGCAGUUUGAUCCAAAUUUAGGCAGCCACAGGCUUUGAUAGAGUGAAACGUGGUGAAAGAGCAUUAAAUCUAACACUGUACGUAUGUAAAGUGAGUCUGUGUGUCAUAGCACCAUUCAUCAACAUCAGAAAGUUGUGACAUCAGCAGUUGUUUUAACAAUUAAAACUGUUAGUCCUUUCUGUCCUCUUUUAUUUCUCAUUGAGGCCAAAAGUACCACAAUGGUUUUGCUUUAUCCACCACAGCUGACUCUUACUGAACUGACAAAAAAAGAAAGAUUCAAGACUUUCCUAAAUGACCAAAGACUUCAAGGACUGAAUCAAUUACUCAGACACAAUGAGGUUACAGUGUUUUGUCAGCUAGAGGAAUCGUUUGAAAGCCUGCACACAUGUGAGGCCAGUGGGCCAGCACAACUGGAUGUCAUGCAUCACCUCUCCCACAUCUCUCUGAUCUUUGUACUGUACAGAUGACCUGAUCUGAAUGUAUACUAUGUCCUUUAAACAGUGAAGUGUGUCAUCAUUUGUCUAAUAAAAUGCUGUCAUGCUGAGAGGAA